UCUACUCUACCAUACCCUACCCCACCCUACCCUACCCCCUGGUUCUCACUGCACUGCACUGCAGCACCUACUACCAUCUCUCUUCCUUCUCAUUCUUAAGCUCUAAAAGAAAGAAUUAGAGAUAAGAGUAGGGUGAUUUGAGCCUCCUAAAUAAACAGAGAGCCAUGGCAGCUAUAAGCCUUGGGAGAGUUAACGCACCCACUUGCUUACCUUGCGCAUCUUCAGGCCCAAGAGUGAGGGCUGCAUUAUCUCUUCCCACCAAACCGCCAAAGAUUGUCUCCCCUUCUCCACCCAAACUCGAAAACAACCACUACCUGUCUAACAACCAGAGGCAGCUAGGGAAAGCCCCGCUUUCGGAACAUACGUUCCUCUUUCCACAAGGAAAAGAAGAGGAGGACCCUGUGCUCAUGGCCAGACUCCAGGCGGUGGCUGAGAUUGUCGCUGAUAGGGCCGAGAUGCAUGCUAAUUUAGCAGAACAAAGGAAUAACUGGAACACCCUUCUUCUCAACUCCACCAAUUCAAUCACCCUCGCCGCCGCAACCAUGGCGGCCCUCUCAUCAUUUCCCAGCACGGAUGUUGCCCAUCUAUCCCUCACCCUUUCCUCCACCUUCCUCUACUCGGCGGCCACUGCCAUGGUAUGCGUGAUGAGCAAGAUCCAGCCCUCUCAAUUAGCAGAGGAGCAGAGAAACGCCGCCCGACUCUUCAAGAGCCUCCACUUGCAUAUCAAUUCCACACGGGACCUUCACCCCUCUCUCCGCCCAGAGCUCUCUCAAUUUCUGGAGGACGCCAUGGCUCGAGUGUUGGCUCUCGACAAAGCCUACCCCCUGCCCUUGCUCCCCGGCAUGCUCGAAAAGUUCCCCUCUGAAGUGAAGCCCACAGUGUGGUGGCCGAAGACAGCUGCUGCUACUCCUUCGAAGUCUUCUAAGGAGGAGAUGACUGAUAACGGCUGGAGUGCUGAGAUGGAGAGGGAGAUGGCAGAGGUGGCAAGAGUGCUGAGGGAGAGGGACACGGCGGAGUACGUGAGGCUCAGCAAGCUGGUUUUGAACUGCAACAGGGCGAUGGCUGUGGCCGGGCCCAUCCUGAUGGCUGCUGCGACGGUGGGAACGGCAUUUGGGGGCUCAGCAGCCGUGGGUGGCAUCGUGGCUGGUGCCUUGGCAUGCGUUGUCAACAGCCUCAGCCACGGUGGGCAGGUCGGGAUGGUGUUCGAGAUGUACAGGAAUAACGCGGGCUUCUACCAGUUGCUCAACGAAUCGUUGUUGUCUUCCCUAAACAAGCCUCCGGCAGAGAGGGAACAUGCAGAGUUGGUGGAGACGAGAGUCGCCCUUCAAUUGGGAAGGAGCAUUUCAUCACUCCGCAACUUGGCCUCCUCUUCCAAGAAUCAAAAGGAGUUUGGAAGCAAGCUCUUCUGAUCACAUCCGACUUGCAACAAGGACGACUCCUCCAAACAACAAACUCCCCAUGUUCAUACCAUCCAUUCGUUCUUCAUACUGUAAAGAUUCAUUCAUUUACUUAUUUUUAAUUAUAAGUUUCAAAUCGAGAGAAAUUAAGAGGUCAUGUUAUUCAUUUUUCCAUACUCUAAGAUUCAUUUAUUUUGAGACCACGAAAUAAUUAUGAAGCACUGGGAGCCUCCACGUCUUAGCGUUGCAAAAAUUGAAAUUCCCGUAUUUCG